AAUACACCACCUGUUAGGAGGAAGACAGGUCGGGAUCCUGGGCGAGAAGUGAGUCGCUCGUUGCACGUUAACGAGAGAGGGCAGAGUUAACAGAGAAAUUUUGUCCUGUAACAUUGACCAGGGGAAGCGCUGGAAGAACUCUGCUCUGGCGAUAUCCUCCGCAGCAGCAGCUGCACCUCUUCGGCCAUCAGAUUAUUUUUGUCCUGAUUCCUGUAAUCAUUAGUCAUCUAUUGCCGUGGCAGAUCUCCCCAACGAGGCUGUUCGGUUCGGUUCGGUUGUAGAAUCAGAUAAGCUAGAAACGACCUUCUUCUUAAAUCCCCAUUUUUGACAUUAUGGCAUGGUUUUGCCCAUUUAGUUGUCAUUCGGAAUUUUAGUGGAUUCGGAAAAAAAAAAAAAAAAAAACUUGAUAAUUGGAGAGGCUGGGCUUGUGUUCACCGUCGAUAGAAGGUUGAAGGAACUUCUUCUGAAAUCCCCAUUUUUGAAGCGCUUGCCAAAUUUUGUCGUUCUUGUCAUUUUCGGCCAUUUUUGGCCCAUUUUUCGGCCAUUUUUGGUUGACCCAUUUUUGGCCCCUUUUUGGCCCAUAUUUUUAGCCCAUAUUUGGCCCCAUAUUUGGCCCCAUUUUUGGGCCAUUUUUAGCCCAUUUUCGGCUCAUUUUGGCCCACCGUUUUUGGCCCAUUUGUGGCAGUUUAGUUGUGAUAUUCACCAUGAGAGCUGUUGUGCAGCGUGUCCUGUCGGCGAAGGUGGAGGUGGAAGGUCGGAUUGUCUCGGAAAUUGGGCCAGGCUUAUGUGUUCUUGUCGGCAUUUUCGAGGGCGAUAGCGAUGUGGACUCGGACUACAUGUGUCGUAAAAUUCUGAACAUGCGUCUGUUCAUGGAUGAUAAUAAAGGGCGGGCCUGGGAUCAAAGUGUCAUGCAGAAGAAGCACGAGGUCCUGCUAGUCAGUCAGUUCACACUCUAUGGCUUUCUACAGGGCAACAAACCCGAUUUUCACCUCGCAAUGCCUCCGCAGAAAGCGAGGACAUUUUACCAGACGUUCGUGGAGAAGGUUGGCAAGGCCUUCGACCCAUCGAAGGUGAAAGACGGCAUUUUCGGGGCCAUGAUGAAGGUGCAACUAGUGAACGACGGACCGGUCACAAUGCUGCUCGAUUCGCGAAAGAAGGCCUCGGAUAUGGCCACAGAACCGAUCGGAGAAGAGCGAAGUGGGGUGGCAAAUGAUGUUGUAGGGGUCGCAAAAAAACUAGGGCCCCAAUGAUGACUCAAGUGGGGGGCAUAAGUGGCCAAAAGAAUUGCGAUACCGAUGGAUGCUGAUCGCAAUGAUGAUGA